UACCGGUUCCAAAUAAUGAAAUUAGGCCAAUAACCCAAAUUAAAAUAAAACAGUAUCCAAGUCAAUCAACCAAGUAAUCAACCAAAUGGCAAAACAAACCCCAUUAACAUGCAGUGGACACACAAGACCUGUGGUGGAUCUAUCGUUCAGCAACAAAACUGAGGAUGGAUAUUUUUUAAUCAGCGCUUGUAAAGACGGCAAACCGAUGUUACGUCAGGGUGAAACAGGAGAUUGGAUCGGAACCUUCCUCGGCCACAAGGGGGCAGUAUGGGCAGCUACAUUAAACCACAAUGCAUUGCGUGCGGCGACGGGGGCAGCAGACUUCUCAGCGAACUUAUGGGAUGCAGUGAAAGGCGACGUAAUCACAUCGUACCCGCACAAACAUAUCGUGAAAGCCGUCGCGUUCUCUCCCGAUUGCACACGGUUGCUUACAGGGGGACAGGAGAAGAUCAUUCGCUCGUUUCUGAUUGAAAAACCAGAUGCGGAUCCCGACAUCAUUGGAUCACACGAGGGCGCUAUUAAGAAAGUUAUCUGGGGCGACGAUGGACGAACGAUGAUCACUGCAGCUGAUGAUAAAUCUAUCAGAAAAUGGGAUCCGAACUCUAAAAACGAAGUCCAGCGAUUUGACCUCGAGUCAGCAAUCAUGGAUAUAGAGUUGAGUAAAGAAGGUGACAUAAUGUUGGUCACGCGAAGUAAAUCAAUUGCUAUAUAUGAUACUAAACUGUUCACAAAGCUCCGAGAGUUUACAAUGCCGACUAAUGCUUACUCAGCAAGUUUACACCCGGACAAAAAGUUCAUCGUAGCUGGGGGGGAAGAUUUUAAACUUUAUAAAUUUGAUUUCCAAACUCUGGAGGAAUUGGAUUCAUACAAAAGUCAUUUCGGUCCCGUCCAUAUCGUUCGUUUCUCACCCGAUGGUGAAUUAUUUGCGAGUGGUAGUGAAGAUGGGACAGUUAGGUUGUGGCAAACUAAUGUGGGGACCAAUUAUGGAUUGUGGAGGUGUGGAAGUGGUGAGGAUGACACACCUAUCGCCACUUGAGGGGACAGAGAGCAAUUUUUUCGACACAAAAAAAGUGAAAAUCAUGAAUUUUGUUUCAACCACCACGCAUGGCCGGGCAACAGAUUUUAUUUACUAAUCAAAAUGUUGUUUGUGACGUUAUAAAGUUCAUGCUUCUGUUACGAAAUAGACGCCGCGUGUGACGUCAAAGACGAUGAUAUUGUGGCAAUAUAUUUGGUAUUGUGACGUAA